GUCGUUCUCUGAGCAAUAGACGAAAGUGGCUAACUCUGGUAUCGCGAUGACGAUCUCCAUGGCAGCAUGGCUAGGUGCGAUCCACCUCGGCAUCUUUAAAGCGGUACCUUGAGCGAAUUUACUCUUUCCUUCUCCCCAUCUCCAAUUGAGCAACUUUCUCAACAUCAUAAUCACCAUGACAUCGCAAAAUAUUACCGUCGAGGAGCUCCCGACCCUCCUUGCCGAUGACAUCAAGGUCAAGGUCGCCGGCGUGGACUGCGACGGCAUCCUGCGCGGCAAGGUGAUGUCCAAGGAGAAGUUCUUGGGCAUCGCGCAGAAGGGGUUUGGGUUCAGCUCCGCGGUAUUUGGCUGGGAUAUGCAGGACAUGCUGUACACGACCGACGCGAGGAUUGCGCCUCCGGAAUCCGGGUAUGUGGAUUUUCUCGCCGUGCCGGAUCUGAGCACUUUUCGACGGAUACCGUGGGAGGAGGAUAUUCCUUUCUUCUUGGUGCGGUUUGUGCAGAAUGAGAAGCCCGUGUCGGCAGAUGGUCGGAGUAUGUUGAAGAGCAUCUGCGACAAGCUGGCGGCAGCGAAUUGCCAGGGUAUGGCUGGUGUCGAGCUGGAGUUUAUGAAUUUCCAGACUCCUUCACAGGACGGAUACGGUGCGCAUGACCUCACGCAUGAUAUCGCCGCCUUUCUCGAGAAGAAUACCCCUGGCGCGCUUCGUCCCUUGACUGCGGGGAGCUUUUCGUACAGCUCAACACGGCCGGUCGCGCACAAGAAGUAUUUCUACGACAUCUUCAACAUGAGCGCCCAGUUCAAUUGUGGAAUUGAGGGGUGGCACACCGAGGGCGGGCCGGGCGUAUAUGAAGCGGCUCUGAAAGUAUGCGAUGUCGCGGAGAUGGCCGACAAAGUCUCCUUGUUCAAGCUCCUGGCAAAAUCGGUAGGAAUGGAAUACGGAAUCACGCCCUGUUUCAUGGCAAAGCCCAUUCAAGGCCAACCAGGCAGCUCCGGUCACAUCCACGUCUCGCUCUGCGAUCUCGACGGAAAGAACCUCUUCGCCCGGGAAACACAAGACCCGAACGCGCCGUGGCCCGAUGCAGCUGGACUGUCGGACCUGGGUCGUCAAUUCCUCGCGGGUAUCCUCGAGGCUCUACCGGACAUUAUGCCGCUGUUUGCGCCCACAAUCAAUUCCUAUAAACGCUUGGUAGAGAACUUCUGGGCCCCUGUGAAUAUCACCUGGGGUCUCGAGGACCGAAUGGCGUCCGUCCGCAUCAUCACGCCGCCAGUGUGCAAGCCCGGUGCCACGCGGUUCGAGGUGCGCAUUCCCGGCGCGGACCUGCACCCUCACUAUGCGCUGAGCGUCAUUCUCGCCGCGGGCUGGCGCGGCGUGCAAAAGAAGCUGGAGAUCACAGUUCCGCCCGUGUCGGCGCUGAAGCCGGAUAGUCCCCGGCCGAAAUUGUUGCCGAACACGUUAGAGGCGGCGAUCCAGCGGUUCAGCGCGGCCAACAGCGUGGCGCGCGAGAUUCUAGAAGACGAAUUUGUCGACUUCUUUACCGCCACGCGCGAGCAUGAAUUGCGACUGUGGAGAGAAGCCGUGACUGAUUGGGAAUUCAAACGGUACAUCGAAACUGUGUAGCGACUCGGUCGAGUAUAGAGUACAACACUUGAGCAUGGUAGAAUGCGCCUUCUGUAAAUAGUAUCAAUAGCAUCUCAACCCUCCCGCCUGAAUAGGUAAAACAAUGUAUCUUUUUGGUCAAAGUGUGUAACCAUACAUUUUUCAUCUAUUGUGGAAAACAUCUGUUAUUAUCUUGAAAGUGUUGAUCACCUUCAAGUUGAACUAAAUGAUCUUGAAUGAAUGACCACAGUGAAUUCUGGCUAUUGAAACAGGAUAAAUAAGUGUGUGGUAGGAAGAACAUGGAACACCUGUAUGUCAUUGAGAAUUGCCAGACUGGAU